GGCGCUCCUCCCCACUCGGAGCCCGCCUCUUCCCGUGGGCGGGGUUACCGGUCGGCGCGGCCGCCGUCGCGCCACUGCGCAGUCUCGAGAGGGCGGUACCACGGCGGCUGCGACAUGGGGUGGGCGCGGAGCAGACGCCGGGAAGUAGCGGUGGUACGGGUCCCCACUGAGGGGUACUCACCGCCGGCAGCGUCCACCCGCGCCGCGGCGAGAGCCAAGGCCCGAGGGGGUGGGCGUGGCGGCCGCCGGAACACAACACCCUCUGUUCCCUCAGCUCGCGGAGCGGCGCCGCGUCGCUCCCCUCCACCGGCUGCCAUGAGCGAGCGCCUCCGCCCCAGGAAAAGGAGAAGGAAUGGCAAUGAAGAAGACCACCAUCUUCCCCCCCAGACCAAAAGGAGUAGUAGAAACCCUGUCUUUCAUGAGUCCUGGGACACAGAGACAGUACCUGUAACGAAAAACAGUAAAGAAAACAGACUAAGAGGAAGCAAAGUGUUCUGCGCGUCUUCGAGCAGCGAUAGCGGCGGCAGCAGCAGCAGCAGCAUCAACAGCCCGGACAGGGCAAGCGGGCCGGAGAGCAGCUUGAACCACGUGGGCGCCGGGUCCGGCCCUAACACCCCUCAGCCUGUUCCUGAGCAAUCUGCACUGUGCCAAGGCCCUUACUUCCGCAUCAACCAGACCCUGAAGGAGGCCCACUUCCACAGCCUACAGCACCGGGGACGGCCUCCGACAUGAUGUGCCGGCGGUUUCUUGCCUUCUGUGAAGGGACAGCGCUGUGCAGAUUUGAUAUUUCAACUUACGAUGUUUUAAAAAAUUGCACAAAAAUAUGCCUGUUGGCUUUUCAGUCUAUAUUUGAAAGAGCGGGUUAACAGGCAGUUGUUUACUUGUGGUUUUGCUGCACUAUUGCAAUUUCAAAGGGGCUUCGAAGCAAUUUUUUAUAGGAUUCUUUUGAGGGUGGGUAUCACAUCCAUGUCGAGGUAACGGUAUGAGGAAAUCUCAUCUGCGUGUUGAAUCCAUAGUUUGUCCAGUUCAGAUUGGUUUCCAAAUCUGUCAAUUAGAAAUUCUACUUCAUGUAAAAAGGCCUUUUAACAAUGCGGGAUCUUCAAUUUUUUAAAUUCAAUAAAUCAGCAAAGAGUAUCUAGUUUCCAUGAAAAAAACCUAAGUUUUUUUUUCCAAAAUUUAGAAAGCUUGAUUCAGUCUUGCACUGAAAUUAACUGCCAUACUACCUCUUAGUAUGUAGACAUCCUGUUGAAAGUACGCUGUCCUUUCUAACAGGAGAACAAUCAGAUCCAAGUUAGACCGCGGAAGGGAAGCACCCUUGCUAAUAACCAUCUUCUCUCUUUGUUAUAUAUUUGUAUUUCCAGAGAGAAUCUCUUUCAGACUUGUAUACCCAGAUAACUUCUGCUACCGUUACUCCUCCAAAGCCUACAUCUCAGACUUAGUAGAAAACACUGCACAGAUCUGACAGUCAAGAAGUACAUAAUGAAUGACCUUUGUCUUACUCACAGACUUGUUCUGCCAGCAGCUUCUGUGAUCUCACUGGGAGUCCGCCUUGGGGGUCAAGGAUUCAGGCGCUGCUGAACGCUGACCAAGUGUAGGCUCUCUGAACUGCUGUCUGAAGUCACAAGUAUCGUGAAACUGUCGGACAAGGAUUCACUUUAUGCUUAAAGCGCAAACCCCCAACAGUAAUUCGGGGGCCACAUUCCACCGCUGAAACUGGAAAGACUGGUGUGGCUUAGAAAUAAAUGAGCAGAGGCACCGUUAGAAGAAGUGAUGUAGUAUUUAUUUAGAGAGGGAUGGCUAUGUUCCCAUGUUAUUUAGUCAUACUAGAGAGCCAACCUAGCUUGAAUAACGAAGGCGUAGACGCGUCUUCUUCCUCACUGACCAGCUGUCUGAACAAGGAGCCAGGGUGCGUCGGGUCACCUGCUCGGGAGAGUGCCGGGGGGCCAACCUGCCACGCAUGUAGAGGAAAGUGCCUUAGAGUCUACCCAGACCCUUCUGCCUGUUCACCCCCCGCCACUGCACUCGGAGUCCACACAGCACACACGAGCAGAUCUGAGAAGCACGGAGAGCUCUAGGAAGGGGCCUUUGCUCUUUGUCAAGAUUGGCAGAGGCCAUCGGGGACAAAAUGCGAUUCUAUUAUGUGACACAACUAACGCUUCCAGGUGAGAACUCUCCUGGGAAAAGGGUAAACAUAUGUACCUCCUUUCCCUGGUCGGUUCCUCUCCUAUGGACAGGACUUACGGUCAGUUACUUGAAGAGACAUUCCGAGUUCGGGGGGAAGUUCUGGCACAGGCCCAUGCUCGUGGAGGGGAUGGUCUGUGCAGGAACUCGUUCUCUUCACUACCAUCUCCCACAUUUGACAACCAGAUGUUUGAUGAGAAUCUGGGUCUUAAUGGGUUUGAUGGCGGGGAAGAUGGAAAGGAUACGUUGCUAAUAUUUUGUCUCACAAGAAAGCAAACACAACUAAAUGCUGAAAGAAGACAAGCUGUUUGGGCUCAAACGCGUGUACACAACACAACUCAGAAAUACCCAGGAGGACUCUUGCGGGCUUAAUGGAUGGCAGUCAACUGAAACAAAACGCGCAUUAACAAGAAAAUGUCAAACUCAGAGCAAAUUCCCUUUAAUUUCCCACCCAACUGAAAGAAAUGGAAGAGGAAACCACCACCAGAACAGAAUGGUUUUUUCCCCCAAACAAGUACAGUCAUCACGCUGGGUUAGCAGUUAACUCUCUCACCCUACAAGAAAGAAAUAAUCUCCAUCCUGUCCUGCCUCUUUUUUACAGCCUUGGCAGUCUGAGAGAACGUUCCUAUUAUGAGGCUACUUGACAAUGUAAAUGGGCAUCUUUUAAAACUUCUAUCAGCUCGAGCUAGUGAAACCUUGUACUUCUCUAUUGCGCCGCCAUUAAAAGCAGCAUUAGUGCA